AGUGCCCUGCCACACCUGCACCUUAACUCACACACACAACCCGGUGUCUGUGGUAGACCUGGAGCAGUGAAGGGACACAAUGGGGAAACCUCUGAGCCGUCCGGACUGCCUGAGGCAGAACCCUCGCUGCCUCGGGAAAGGUGAUGAGGACGAGGCGUACAUCGAGGAUUGCUACGUCCCCCAGAGAUCCAUCUAUGAUACCAUGAGGAUCAAUGAGCAGAUUGACCAAGGGGCCAAACUGUGCCAGCCCUCUCGGAGCACUCUGGGUUCUGGGGGGGAGGGGAGAGGAGAGGGAAGUACACUAUCCAGCAAUGGCACCAUUGGAACUGAUAUCGGUGGUGUGUUCGUCUCCAGGAGUGUAGAAAAUGCCGGAGGAGUGAAGAAACUUGACGAGAGGGUGAUCUUUGAUGCCUUAAAGCUAACCGGGGAUCUUCAGAUUAUGUCUCCACCAGUUGGCAUUGUGGGUUCCGGUUUGCCUAUCGCUCCGCCCUCGUCUGCCUCCGGGGGCGUGGCUGCAGUGGUGAAGAGGCGGCAUCAAGGUGGCGAUAAGAAGGACAAUCCAAACCGGCGCUCUUGGAAAGCCUUCAUGCCUCCGAGUUAUCCAGAGUUUGCGGAGAGACUUGAGUUUUCGUCUGUUGAAGGAUCAGAGAAUCGCUCGUCUAGUGCAGGGAUUCCUCUUUCUCCCCUGCAGCCCAUUCCUUUCCACCUACCCCCAUCCACCCCUACCUCAUCCACUCCAUCCUUGCCUCCUUACACGCCCUCCCCUCUAUCGUCUGCUCCCCACACUCCUCCCGUCUCCUCCUCGCCUGCUUUGACACCCACAGUGAGUCCCGUGCCUCCUCUCCAGCAGCAUCCUCUCAGCAGACAGAGACAAGUUCAUCCUUUGCUGCAGAAACAACACAAACACACUCACGUGGUGUUGUCUCCUUCCAAAGAACAGUUACCUGCCUUACGCCAAAACCAGUCGCCCCAGGUUUCUAGAAACACACCAGAGCACAGCCCCAGUAUUAGUAAACCAGUAGAGAGAAGAGUGCAGCAGCACAGACGGACCACUAGCUCCUCUAAAGCUGUCAUCAGGCAGAUCCCAGAGGAGCCGCUUGAGUUAGUGAAGACCUCAGAUUCAGAGAGGGACUCCCCUCUUUUGGACCAGGACCUGGGGGACAGUGCCCCUCUCCUCCCACCAAAACCAGUGUUCUGCCCGCCCACCAAGGCCCGUACCUGGCCCCGCAGUAUGACAACAGGGAAAAGAGCCCAGCUGGGGCUGAGGCACAACUUCCCAGUGCUCCCCCCUUUGCCUCCUCUAUUAAGUGAGGAGAGCAACACAGAUGAAGAAUCCCUUUACCUUCUAGAUCCCCCAUCUCCAUUCCUAAAGGAGGAGGAGGGGUUGGUGUAUGGAGGUCUACCUCUCUCCCCCCUGUGGUUUGGAGGCCCUGGGGCCCCUAGUGCCUCACCUUGCCCCAGCUCGGCAGCAGAAUCAGAUGACCUCUUCCUAGAGCUGGAGAGGCAAUGUCUGGAGGAUGAAGGAGAGGAGGGGGUGGAGAUGAGUGUAGACCCUGAGCCUGUCGAUCCUUACACACUCCCUUGUGUAGAGGAAGAGGAGAAAGAGGAGGAAGGAGAGACAGUCUGGGUAGAUUUCCAAGCAACUCUUCCUCUAGUGAACGCUCAAGAGCCCGAUAGCUUGGCCUCUGAUUUUCAGGAUGAUGCAAAGGACACAGACUUAAUUCACUUUGAGCACUUAGAGGAUAUUGGGAACUUUGACUUGAUGCGAGCUCAGGACUGUGAAAAGGAACAUGGUCUAAUUGAUGAAGACUGUGAUGUUGACUUUACUGAGGAUAAGGCAGAGGUUGAGGAGGAAGAAAUGAGUUACCCAACAGACUCAGCUCUCGGCCAACAAGUGGAGUCAGACUCCAGCGGUGUCCACAUGUCCCAACCGGACAGAACUGGUAUCAGUGACAUCACCCAGACAGACUGUGAACACGGGAAACCUGCCCAGACUGAAACCGACCCAGAUAGCGGGGCAUCGUCAGAGCGGGAUGUGGAAGAUUGUGGAGAAAGAGCCGCCUCUCCAUCUCGCUGCCCUCUGAACCCUUACGCCGAGGAGCUGGAACAAGUGGAGGAGGAAACCGAGCAGGAUGAAGGAGAAACUAAAGAGGAAGAGGAGUUAGGAACAGAGUGGGAUGUGUACGACCAAUCCGAGCCAAGUUUAGACGGCAGCGAGGGAGUUCUCAUGGAUCAGUCCCAUGAGCCUCUGCUCACGGUUGAAAAAGAAACCGACAGUGAAUGUACAAAGGAUGUUGACGUUCAAACUUCCUGUCAGGACGAUCCUGUCCCCUCGGAGAUCAGUGAACCCGCCAUGGAAACAACUUGUGACACAGAAGGGACGUCCUUUUCAUCCGAGACUCAGAACGUUGCUGUCCCGACAAAUGUAUUCUCAGAAAUGGACAUACCCGAAAAAGACUCACAUCUGUCAACAGAAGUGAGAACUAGCUCCCCAAACUCAGACUGUGCUCCUCCACUAGUCCCUCAAGAGACAGACUCUGCACCCCCGUCCUCUUUACCUCAGUCUCCCUCUAAAUCUGACUCUUGUGGUGCAGGUCUGGACAGUAAAGACUCAGAGGCCUUUGUGAUAUCAGAUAGUUUUGUUUACCUGGCUGUGUCUGCACCUCCCCAGUACCCCAAUGACUGCCCCCCCUCUCCACUUGUGGACUCCAUUCCCCCAAGUCCUGUCCCCAAACCUCCCUGCUGCCCAGACCCAGAGGACGAGGAAGGACACUUCCUCUCCCCUGACAGCUUUGUUUACAUGGCAGCACCUGAACGGCCCCAGCCUGGGCCCUCAGAUGUGGGCUCAGCCUGCGAGGACACUCAGGAGCUGGACAUGGACUCGUACUCUGAAGGGACCCAGUCUGGGAUGGAUGGGCUGGGAGUCGGACGGCUCCGCUCUGGACUUUCCUCAGCUCAUGUCAAGGGACCAGGCCUGGGACCAACUCGAACCAGGCCUGCUACAGAGUCUGUUACACUGCCAGAGACAAACCAGGGGCCGGCCCACAGACCCCAGGAAGAGGAGCCUCAGACAGGGGCCACAGCUUGGCACACGGACCCCCUGUUAGAAUCAGCACGAAGCUCGGAAGCAGAGGAUGAAUCAACAGAUAUUUUACCAUUUUGUGACGAUGACGCUCAGGCAGAGGCGGUGGAGAGAGAGCAGGUGGACAGUAUUCAACCCAAGCUGCAGCACGUGAACGCGGUGGGUCAGGGUUUGAUCCAGAGCGCCGCCAAACACACGGACACGCAGGCGCUGGAGCACGACCUGGAGACCACCAACCUCCGAUGGAACUCCUUCAACAAGAGGGUGGCAGAGCGGAUCGCCCAGCUGCAGGAGGCUCUGCUGCAUUGUGGGAAAUUUCAGGAUGCUCUGGAGCCUCUGCUAAGCUGGCUGAGCGACACAGAGGAGCUGGUGGCCAAUCAGAAGCCUCCGUCGGCAGAGUACCGUGUGGUCAAGGCCCAGAUCCAAGAACAAAAGCUGCUCCAGAGGUUGUUGGACGACCGGAGACCGACGGUGGAGAUGAUCCGAGCUGAGGGCGAGAGGAUCGCUGCCACGGCCGACACUCAGGACCAAGAGAAGAUCCAGACUCAGCUGCACGAGCUGGCAGAGAGAUGGACCGAGCUGCUGGACAAGGCCAGCGCCAGGCAGCGGCAGUUGGAGGAGCUGCAGGUUCUGGCUCUUCACUUCCACGAGGCCCUGGAGCCGCUGGGGGAAUGGCUGAGCGCCACCGAGAGACGCCUGAGCUCCGCCGAGCCCAUGGGAACCCAGACGGCCAAGAUCUCCCAGCAGAUCACCAAGCACAAGGCGAUCCAAGAGGAUGUGUCCCUGAGAGAAGCCGAGGUCGACCACCUCGAGUCCCUCAGCCAAUCGCUGACCCCGCUCAGCUGCGCGGCCGACCGCGAUUGGUUGAACGAGCGCGUGGGCGCGGUGAGGUCGGGUCACUCGGAGCUCACGGAUUGGUCCUCGCGGCGCGCCGGCCUAUUGGAGCAGGCGCUGGCCAACGCUCAGCUGUUCGGAGAGGACGAGGUAGAGGUGCUGAACUGGCUGGCUGAGGUUGCUCAGAGGCUCGGUCAGGUCUCCGUCCAGAACUACCAACCUCAGCUGCUGGCCGAGCAGCACAAACACACUCUGUCGCUGAAUGAAGAGAUCGUGAGCAGGAAGAAGACGGUGGACCAGGCCGUCAAGAACGGACAGGCUCUGCUCAAGCAGACCACAGGUGAGGAGGUUCUCCUGAUCCAGGAGAAGCUGGACGGCAUCAAGUCUCGCUACGCUGAGAUGACGGCCGGCAGCAGCAAGGCCCUCCGCACCCUGGAGCAGGCCCUGCAGCUCGCCACGCGAUUCGCCAGCGCCCACGAAGACAUCAGCCAGUGGCUGGACGGCGUGGAGGCGGAGCUUAACAACGUGGAGCCCGACGCCUCACCGGCCUAUCAGGAGAGGCAGAAGGAGCUGAAGAAGGUGUCGGCAGAGAAGCGCCUGGUGCUGGACACGGUGAACGAGGUGGGCGGCGCCCUGCUGGACCUGGUGCCGUGGCGAGCCAGAGAAGGUCUGGACCGCCUGGUGGCUGAUGGGAACCAGAGGUACCGCCAGGCGGAUGAAACCAUCACUCAGCGGGUGAAGCUGGUGCAAGCUGCCAUCCAGAGGUCCCAGCAGUACGAAGAGGCCGUGGAUGCAGAGCGGGCCUGGGUCGGGGAGACCGAGCGCAAGCUGGCGUCUCUGGGGCCCCUGAGCCUGGAGCCUGACGUGACCGUGGCUCAGCUGCAGGUGCAGAGGGCCUUCAACAUCGACAUCAUCCGGCACAAAGACACCGUGGAUCAGCUCCUCAGCACCCGGGAGGAGAUCCUGGAGACCUGCAGUGAGGCUCAGAAGGAGGCGCUCAUGGUGAAGACAGAUUCUCUGAGCGCUCGUUACGAAGCCGUGAGCCACAACCACGGCGAGCGCUUCUCGGCUCUGGAGCAGGCUCAGGUCCUGGUGGCUCGGUUCUGGGAAACAUACGAGGAACUGGAGCCGUGGCUGGGCGAGACCGAGACCCUCAUCAGCCAGCUGCCCCCCCCAGCCAUCGACUCGGACGCCCUGCGGCUGCAACAGGACCAGAUGAGACUCCUCAGGGAGUCGAUCGCUGAGCACAAGCCUCACAUCGACAAGCUGCUGAAGAUCGGACCCCGGCUGGCGGAGCUCAGCCUCCAGGAGGGGGCGACGCUGACCCAGCGCUACACCAGGUCCGAGAGGCGCUACCUGGCCAUCAAGGAGGAGGUGAAGGGUCGAGCCACGGCGCUGGACGAGGCCGUGUCCCAGUCUGCACAGCUGGUAGAGUUUCACGACAAGAUGGACCCCCUGCUGGAGACCCUGGAGGGCGCGGUGCAGCGGCUGAGGUCGCCGCCCCCGGUGGCGGCCGAGGUGGACAAGAUCCGGGAGCAGCUGGCGGAGCACCGCGCUCAGGGCCUGGAGCUGGACAAGCUGCUGCCGAGCUUCUCCGCCCUCUGCGCCCGGGGGGAGGAGCUCAUUGGACGAGCCGCCCGGGACGAUCCUGCUGCUCAGGCCGUUCGCUCCCGCCUCCUGCGCCUGCGCUCGCUGUGGGACGAGAUCCGGCAGCGUGCCGAGGAGAGGGAGGGGAAGCUGAACGACGUCCUGGACGUGGCCGGGAAGUUCUGGUCCGACGUGGCGGCGCUGCUCAGCACGCUGCGAGACUCCCAGGACAUCGUGAGGGAGCUGGAGGACCCGGGGGUGGACCCCUCGCUCAUCAAGCAGCAGGUCGAGGCUGCUGAGGCCAUCAAGGCCGAGACGGACGGCCUGAGGGAGGAGCUGGAGUUCGUCAGGACCCUCGGGGCUGACCUCAUCUUCGCCUGUGGAGAAACCGAGAAACCUGAAGUCAAGAAAACCAUCGAUGAGAUGAAUGCUGCCUGGGAGGGUCUGGACCGGACCUGGAGGGAGAGGAUGGAGCGACUGGACGAGGCCAUGACGGCGUCGGUGCAGUAUCAGGACGCUCUGCAGUCCAUGUUUGACUACCUGGACAACGCGGUGAUCAAGCUGUGCGACAUGUCGACUGUGGGAACUGAGCAGGGAACCGUGAAGCAGCAGAUUGAAGAGCUCAAGAUUUACAAGGUGGAGGUUUACCAGCAGCAGAUCGACAUGGAGAAGUUGUGCCACCAGGGGGAGCUGAUGCUGAAGAAAGUGUCCGACCAGACCGACAGGGACAUGAUCCAGGAGCCGCUCACCGAGCUGCGCCACCUGUGGGAGAACCUGGGUGAUAAGAUCAACCAGAGACAGCACAAGCUGGAGGCUGCCCUGCUGGCUCUGGGUCAGUUCCAGCACGCCCUGUCUGAGCUGCAGGGCUGGCUGAGCCACACACACACCACCCUGGACUCUCAGCGACCAGUCAGCUCUGACCCCAAGGCCAUCGAAAUCGAGCUGGCCAAACACCACGUUUUGCGUAAUGACGUCCUGUCCCACCACGCCACGGUGGAGACGGUGACCGGAGCGGCCGCCGAGCUGCUGGAGUCCUCGCCCGGCGAUGAAGCCAGUCACCUGCGGGAUCAGCUGGAGCAGCUCAACCAGAGCUGGGAGAACCUGCUGCUCAGGACGCAGGAGCGGCAGAAACUACUGGAGGCCGCUCUGCACCAGGCUGAAGGCUUCCACGGGGAGCUGGAGGAGUUCCUCCAGUGGCUGAGGAGGACGGAGAGCCAGCUGUCCGCCGCCAAGCCGACCGGCGGCCUCCCCGAGACGGCCCGGGAGCAGCUCCAGCAGCACAUGGAGCUUCAGGCUCAGCUGGCUCCGCGAGGGGACCAGUACCAUCGCCUGCUGGACCAGGGAGAGUCCAUGCUGCUGGCCCGGGGGGGGGAGGAAGCAGCGCUCGGUGCCACGCAGACCCAGCAGAACCUGGGCAUGCUGCAGAACAAGUGGGCCAGCCUGAACACCAAGAUGGAGGACCGCAAGGCCAAACUGGAGGAGGCUGUUUCUUUGGCCACUGGCUUCCAGACGUCUUUGCAGGACACCAUCAUCUGGCUGACCCAGGCCGAGCAGACCCUGAACAUGGCCCAGCCCCCGAGCCUCAUCCUGGACACGGUGCUCUUCCAGAUCGACGAGCACAAGGUGUUUGUGAACGAGGUGAACACCCACAGGGAGCAGGUCCUGGCUCUGGAGAAGGCCGGCUCUCAGCUUCGCUUCGCCAGCCUGAAGCAGGAUGUGGUGCUCAUCAAAAACCUGCUGCUCAGCGUCCAGGCCCGAUGGGACAAGCUGGUGCAGAGGUCACUGGACCGCGGCCGGCACCUGGACGAGGCCCGCAAGAGAGCCAAACAGUUCCAUGAGGCGUGGAGGAAGCUGACCGACUGGCUGGAGGAAGCCGAGAAGAGACUGGACUCGGAGCUGGAGAUCUCCAACGAGCCGGACAAGAUCAAGAUACAACUGACCAAACACAAGGAGUUCCAGAAAGCUCUGGGCUCCAAGCAGCCGGUGUACGACACCACAGUGAGGUCGGGUCGGGCCAUGAGGGACAAGGCCCAGCUGCCGGCGGACACCCAGAGACUGGAUCACCUGGUGGGAGAGGUCCGGGACAAGUGGGACACGGUCUGUGGGAAGAGCGUGGAGAGACAACACAAGCUGGAGGAGGCGCUGCUGUUCUCAGGUCAGUUCGCGGAGGCUCUCCAGGCUCUGGUGGACUGGUUGUACCGAGUGGAACCUCAGCUGGCUGAAGACCAGCCCGUCCACGGAGACCUGGAUCUGGUGUCCAACCUCAUGGACUCUCAUAAGAGUUUCCAGAAGGAGCUGGGUAAGAGGACCGGCAGCAUCCAGGCCCUGAGGCGCUCGGCCCGGGAUCUGAUGGAGACGGGUCGCGACGACACGGCCUGGGUCAAAGUUCAGCUGCAGGAGCUGAGCAACCGCUGGGACACGGUGUGCGCCCUGUCCGUCACCAAGCAGACCCGCCUCCAGCAGGGGCUCAAACAGGCGGAGGAGUUCCGGACGGCGGUGCAGGUUCUCCUGGAGUGGCUCUCGGAGGCGGAGCAGACGCUGCGGUUCCGCGGCGUCCUCCCGGAGGAGGCGGAGACUCUGCAGGCGCUGCUCCACACACAUCGAGACUUCAUGGGCACCGUGGAGGAGAGGAGGGGGGGCGUCAACAAGGCCGCCGGCAUGGGAGAGUCCAUCCUGACGCUGUGUCACCCGGACUCCAUCACCACCAUCAAACACUGGAUCACCAUCAUCAGGGCGCGUUUCGAGGAGGUGCUGACGUGGGCCAAGCAGCACGAGCAGCGGCUGGAGACGGCUCUGACCGAAGUGCUGAGCAACGCCAACCUGCUGGAGGAGCUGCUGUCCUGGCUGCAGUGGGCCGAGACCACGCUGGUCCAGAGGGACGCCGACUCGCUGCCUCAGGACAUCACACAGCUCAAAUCCCUCAUCACAGAGCACCAGACCUUCAUGGAGGAGAUGACGAUGAAGCAGCCGGACGUGGACAAAGUGACGAAGACGUACAAGAGGAAGCCAGCGGAGCCUCACAGCAGCCUGUCGGAGAGGAGAGGGGCUCGCAAACAGCAGCAGCAGCAGCAGCAGCAGGCGGCCAUGCAGGUUCCAGGAGGAAACCCCCGACUCAACCAGCUCUGUGCCCGGUGGCAGCAGGUGUGGCUGCUCGCUCUGGACCGCCAGCGGAAACUCAACGACGCUCUGGAUCGACUGGAGGAGCUCAAGGAGUUUGCCAACUUCGACUUUGACGUGUGGAGGAAGAAGUAC